UAAGCCGCGUAGCCCCUUCCUCACAUCACCAGUGCGGAAAAAAGUCUAAGCGGAGACAUUUCCAGCCCGGUCUGCCCUGAUUUACACUGUCAAAUAGCAACUAUCCACAGUUGAAGAUGGCCUCAACAAAGGAGAAACUCAUUGCUCACGUGAGCAAGGAGCAGCCUGCAGGGCCCACAAACAAGGUGACAGUGGUUGGUGUUGGAAUGGUUGGAAUGGCUGCCGCCGUCAGCAUCCUUCUCAAGGAUCUGACCGAUGAACUCGCCCUGGUGGACGUGAUGGAAGAUAAGCUGAAAGGAGAGGCUAUGGACUUGCAGCAUGGAAGCCUCUUUCUCAAGACACACAAGAUCGUAGCGGAUAAAGAUUACAGCGUGACCGCAAACUCAAAAGUGGUUGUUGUGACCGCUGGAGCUCGUCAGCAAGAGGGUGAGAGCCGCCUGAACCUAGUCCAGAGGAAUGUCAACAUCUUCAAGUUUAUUAUCCCAAACAUCAUCAAGUACAGCCCCAACUGCAUCCUUUUGGUGGUCUCAAACCCAGUUGACAUCUUGACCUAUGUGGCCUGGAAGCUGAGCGGUUUGCCCAGGAACCGUGUGAUUGGCAGUGGCACAAACUUAGAUUCUGCUCGUUUCCGCUACUUGAUGGGAGAGAAGUUGGGAAUUCAUCCAUCUAGCUGCCAUGGCUGGGUCGUUGGAGAACAUGGAGACUCCAGCGUUCCUGUGUGGAGCGGUGUAAAUGUGGCUGGGGUGUCCCUCCAAGCUCUGAACCCUGAUUUGGGUACAGAUAAAGACAAGGAGGACUGGAAGAGUGUCCACAAGAUGGUGGUUGACAGUGCAUAUGAGGUUAUUAAGCUGAAGGGUUACACUUCCUGGGCUAUUGGAAUGUCUGUAGCUGACCUGUGUGAGAGUAUCUUGAAGAACAUGCACAAGUGUCACCCGGUCUCUACUUUAGUCAAGGGAAUGCAUGGCGUGAAUGAGGAGGUCUUCCUAAGUGUGCCUUGCAUUUUGGGUAACAAUGGCCUGACAGAUGUUGUCCACAUGACCCUCAAACCAGAAGAAGAGAAACAGUUGGUGAAGAGUGCUGAGACCCUGUGGGGUGUUCAGAAAGAGCUGACCCUGUGAACCGCGGUCUCCUCCAAAAUGUAGCCACAAAUUGCAAACCUCAACGAGUCCUGCCUAUCUGUUUCCUGACCUCAUAAACCUUACUGCCUGUUAAGAUUAGAUAACUCCAUGUCACUCGCAGACCAUUAGAUAACACUCCUUGUGUUAGUGAUUUUAACUUUAAAGGGAGAAAUAAUUUAUACCUGUUGUCUGUCCAAAACGAUCAGCCUUUGUGAAAGUGUCUAUGUGCAUAUUAUUGUAUAUUCAAGAAAGAAGCACUUGUAAGAUGUGCAAUUAGUGACUCUUAUUAUAUUCCGUUUUGAGGUCAGCUAGCAUUCCGUACUUGCCUCCUGCAUCAGGUAAAUGGUUAUAUACCAACAAGCAAACUUUACAUUAAUAUCUGUUAAAUGAAAUGCCGUUGUUUUGCAUAAACAACAAAAUAUCUCUAUCUCUUUAAAGCUACAAUUCUUAGUUAUGAGAUUUGAUAUCUACCUACAAAAAAAAACAUUCAAUAGUCCUAAUUUAAGAAAAGUUGAUCUUGUAUUUAUUAAAUGCAAUGAUUUAACUUACAGUGGGCCUAUAACCAAUUUGGAAUUUCUAAAUAAAAUGGUACAAUUUGGUUUAAGAUCAAAAUUUACCAUAAAGUGGCUUUAUAAACCAUCCUAAAUUUCUAAAAUUAUAAUGGUUUAAUAAAUGAACAAAAAUGUAUUCAACAUUUUUGAAAAGAUUCAUGUGGGGUAUAUGCACAGCUAAUAUUUUUCAGCCAAUGAUUAAUUUCUGGUGUGAGCUUUAUAUGAUAGUUUUCAAUUACAUGAGGUUGCUUUUACAGCAUCGAUGUUGUAAUGUAAUUCAAAUAAAAUCAGUUAAACAGACUUAAGCAUCUAUUUGACACAAAAGACACAGGUGGCAUCAUUAACAGCAGGCUAGCGCAGAAAUUCCAUUGAAAAUACUGGGAUAAUGUUGGCGCCAAUAGCCUAGUGGUAUUGUGUGCCGACAUAUAGCACUAAUGUGCUCACAGCGACCCUCAUUCGAUUCCUGGCUCGGGAUACUUUGCCGAUCCUUCCCAUCUCACGCUCCCAAUGCCUUCCUGUCUGAAAUCUCUACUGUCCUAUCAUAAUAAAAGUGGAAAAACCCCUAAAGAAUAAUUAUAAAAAAAGAAAAUACUGGGGUAAAAUUAAUUACCAUAUUUUAAAGACAUGGCACGGAAAAAUCUAAUAUAAUGCAGUGCUUCUUGUUUAGUGUGAUACCCACUUUAUAUCGUUUCUCAGCCAGGCAGUGAAGAUCGCUGGUUUGUUAAGAAAUCAAAUCUUAAACGCAGCGAUUUUUGUAUGGGAUGACAAUUAACCGGAAGCCCUGGGGCUGGCUGACUGAAAUUAAGUCUGUGUGCAUAUACCAAACCUUUAAGAAAUGUAUUCUGCGCUCAGUUCAUGAGUGAGCUCCAUUGACCAACAAUAGCAGAGCUUGCGUACGAAAAGAAAUUGUAUUUAUGAACUGCUUAAGGUAUUUUAAAAAGUGUUAACAUAUACAUGCCGAGAGUGCAUGUCACCCAACUCAAUAACGGAAGUUAGUGACUGUGUGUCUUUGUACUGAAAGUCAAUAACAAGUGCACUAUUUGUGUAGAAAAAGCACUUUAACAUAAAUAUCAGAAUGAGACCUUUUACCAUAGUGCAAAUGAUGGUAAUAACUAUGUCAUUUUGAGGAGUUUAUAAAGCCCAACUACUCGUGUUAAGUCUACACUAUAUGGAUCAUCGGAAAAAAACAAAAUGCUGUUGUCAGUGUAUUUUUUUUCUGUUUGUGUUUCAUCAGAACAACUACACACUCCUAUCCAAGUGGUAAAACACGGCAGUGGUUAUAGCUGUUACUUGAAAUGUGUGAUUGUAGAGUUGAGACACAGCCAGACUGAAUAAACAUUGUGACGAUCUACAAAA